AUGUCUCAAUACAUUCAAUUACUAGGAACAGAUACACCCAAUGGCUUUGGUGGAUGUUGUUAUUACGGACCUUUGGACCAUCCUGGCUUGCAAGCUAGCCCCUCAUCAGAUUGCCCGCCUUCCCACAGCUUUCCAGCCCCAGCUACUUGUCAAAACCUUCUUCGACUUCCCCUGGAAGCUGCGAUAGUUCGUUUAGGGGGAAGUGCCGAACCGAGUUCCAAGGGCCAGAACUCCUUGACAGACGAAAAGAUGAAUUUUACCAACCACAAUGACUUGAAUAAAAAGUCAAAGAUGAGCAUUACCGGUACGGAAGGAUAUUUGUUUUUCAAUUGUCCCGAGGGGACGCAGCGUUUUAGCUCGGAGGCAAAUAUUAAACUAAACAAAAUUAAGGGUUUCUUCUUCACUCGAUGGGGUGGCAGGCGACAAACACCAGCGACAACGGCGCCCACUUUGUUUCAUCGCUCAAGGGAUAACAAGGAUGCUGAGGUUGAUGUCAGCCAAUGCGGACACAAGGGCAGCGAGAAGGCAGCGAACACUAACUGUGAGCCCCAUCAUAGUGCGUGGGAUUCUCUAACCACCGCCGCCGCCUCGGCAGGUACGGCUGUGAUGGGUUUGCCAGGGCUACUUUUCACAAUCAACGAUUCUGGUGUGCAGCAUGUCAAUGUAUUCGGCCCAAGCAGUGUCCAACUCGCUCUUCAGGCGUGGCUCGCCAAACUGGGCGACGAUCAGGCAUCUGGUGCACGCGGGAAGGCAACCCUUAUGCCCCAUAUGGCUGGUCUCGAGAAAUUCCUAGUGGCUCUUCGUGUUAGCUACUUUUCGUACCGCCCUAUGGUAUUUCGCCUGCUGACCCCUACAUUUCUACCUCCUUUGUCAACUCUCAACAAGGUGAUACAACUGAUCUCAUGUGGAUCUGAAAAGGACAAUCUUAUCAAGCCUCUGGCGGAAUGUUUUUCCUCAUCUACACCUAUACAAAAGGAAGUGAAAACCACAGCAGUGGCAAGGGAUGAGAUUUUUCUUUUGCCACCGUUUUCUUCGGCUUUAAUCCCAUCUCCAGUUCAUAUGGAGCUAGGAAGAAAAGAAGUAGGUUUCAAUGCAGAAGUACCAUUUAUUGUGGCUGUACUGCCUCUAAGCUCCCAGAGCGUUCUGAUCGCAUUUCGUGUAUCUGGUGGCAUCGCACGAAAUCAUACCAGUGACGCGUACGCUCAUAAAAAUAGCGAGGCGUGUCGGGAAGGGACCUCAGCGGUAGAUAUUGGGGAUGACGAAAAUGCAUUUUCUGAAUUUCUACCGGAUUUGUCAGAACUGGUGCUAGGCUACGCUAUUGUAAAUGCGCCUCAGCCUGCGUUCGAUGCAGGUCAGGCUCUCGCUCUUGGCGUGCGGCCCGGUCCCAAAUACGCACAACUUAAACAGGGCAUCGCCGUGUACGCAGAUAUCUCUGUGGGUGUAGAAAGUGGGAAAACUUCACGACGUGCAAGACGUGAUAGGAAUGGCACGGCUUCCCCGGAGGGUGUCCCUAUGGGAAAGAACAAUCGCAGAGUUCAUACGGCGUGUAGUUCUGAUGACAUUAAUGAAAAUACAAUAGGCCCAAAUGUGGAAACGGUUUCUGCUCCUCCUACGCAGGGUAAGAAUACAGAGCCAGAGUUCCCACGGCAGCAUCAACCUCGACUGGUAGAACCACAUGAGGUGACGUUUCCCACUUUCGCUAGCCAACAUCUUUACGUAUCGUUGGUGCUGGACGGGAAUAGCGCCGCAGAUGUCCGUACUGCCCUAGAGAAGCUUCUGGGAACUUGUGAUUGGGAAAAGAAGCAGGAAUUAGAGAAUUGGAGAGGUGCAUAUAACCAAACAAAAGACCUUUCUAGUUAUGAUAAUACGAAGGAACGCGAGGUUGGCGGGGGAGGCUGCAGUGAGUUAAUCCGAAUCCUACGCGAGUCCUUUCCCUGCAUGGCGUACACCUCGUCUCCUUCAAAUCCCGAUACUUGCGAUGAGCAGAAACGCAAGUUACGUACGGUUGUUAUCCGUCACGUUGUGCAUACUCAGCCGCUUUCCUAUUUCAUAGUCUUUAAUGCGCAACGGGAUAAUUCUAGGAUUCAUAAGGGAAGUCCAACGAUCUCUUUAGAAUCGAAUUCAAACUCAUCACUUCUGCACGAGAGUGUCUACCGCAAGUAUCUUAGUACCAUUUUUGCAACGGUGCACCAAUCAGUACAGCAUUCUUCCUUCCCAAUGAUGUCUUUCACUAUGGCAGACCUCGUUGAGGAAGACAUUUCGGCAACGAUCGACCCCAACGUUGGGGUGCUGCGCCAGGAAUUGCAAUCCACCAAGGCCUUGAUGCCGAAUGAAGCCCCCGAAGACAACGCAGGGCGUCCGUCGCGCCCCGACCUUUUCACCAAGCAUCUCUUCACCGCCUUCAUCCAGACCCACUUCACGGCGUUUCCCACCGCGCUGGUGCACCAGUACCACCUGCACGCGAUCGCCCCCGGGAGCUUUCCCGUUCCCCCGUUCUCCCUGCCUUCGCGGGCCGAGGCGGCGGAGCCGCCGCCGGGGCUCCCGAGGACCUCCGAAGGGGCCCUUCAGCCCAUAAAGGCCCGCCCCCCCUCGGCGGCUCGGUCGUUCUGGCCCUACUCCUUCAAGUUCUGCAGCGUCCCCCCGCCUCAGGCCCGCCCGGCCCCCCGGCCGGGGCAAUUCCCAGACGCGACGAGGCCGACUGCGGGGCGGGGCCCCCGAAAGACCACGCGCGGGGUGAGCCCCGACCAGGCGAUCCCGGCCCGAUCCUCGUCCUUGGCGAUUUACCCCGAUGGAGGGGGGGGGACUCAGUGUAUUCGCUACCCGGACGCCAGGUCCGCGGAGGGGUUGCUUUCCGCGGAAUUUCAGGCGAUUCUUCGCGAGCAGAGGGCCCCGCGGGAGGGGACGCCAGUUGAAGCUGCGCUUUCCAUCCCGCACGAGGCCCAUGGCGGGGGGGGGCAUUGGGCUUUCUCGGUACGGGCUCCGCUGUGCCCAGCAAGUACCGCAACGUCAGUGGGGCGUACCUGGAGCUGGACCUCCCAGCGUAUUGUUUUGGCCCUCAUCGGCCUUUGGCAGCAGACCCUGUUAUCGAAUCUGGCCUCAUGA